AUGGAUGGCGACGAGGGGGUUUUUGAGGUUGAGGACCUCUUGGACUUUAGGCAUGCUGACGGCAAAGACCUGUACCUCGUGAAGUGGAAAGGCUACAGCGAAACGUCCUGGGAGCCCGAUGAGAACAUCGGCUCAGAGCUGGCUGACUUGAAGCGCGCUGCCAGAGCAAAAGCCGGCCACGAUGUUAAAGAGGAAGGUGGACGGAAGAGGAAGAAGAAGGACGGCGAGGAGAAGGUCAAGAAAGAAAAGAAGAAGGACAAGAAGAAGCGAAAGAGGGGAUCAAGUGAUGGCAGAAAGCGCAGUUCCGACUCGGACAAGAACGACGACCCCCUCUCCAUGCCGCCUGGGAUGAUGCCUCCACCGGGCAUGUUGCCGCCGAUGCCUGGGAUGAUGCCCCCCGGGAUGAUGCCUCCCGGCAUGCCUUUCCCACCUCACCUGGGGCCUGGCAAGGGAAAGGGCAUGCCGCCACCCAUGCCGGGGAAGGGCAUGCCUCCCUUCGGCAAAGGUAUGCCUCCCCCCAUGCAUCCGCCUCCUUUCGGGCAUCCUGGGCCAUGCCCGGGGCCCCCUCCAUGGGGUUCCAAAGGCUUCCCGAUGCUGGGGAAGGGCAUGCCCAUGAAGGGCUUCCCGGGCAAGGGGCCCAUACCAUUCCACCGGCCCAACCCACCUGGGUCCAGACAGGCAUCUGACAUGCAGCGCUUUGCCUCCGAGAAGAAGUACCGCCUGCGAGACCUAGCCCAGGGGGUGCGGGACUACCUCAGCAAGCAUGCGGAGCAAGUUUCCGAAGACAAGGCUUCAAAAGCAAAGAGUCUGGAGGAGGCACUUGGCCUCAAGCUGCAGGGAGGCCAAUUACCGCUCUUCCUGCCCAUGGAGCUCCUGAUGACACAUGCCCUUUGCCUGGUUUGGCUCAUGGAUAGCGAUGGUAGCGACGAGCAGUACGACUUGCUCCAACAAGUUGCCGCACUGGCGCGGCACAAGGGGGCAGAGGCUCGGCAGCUCUUUGUCAGGAUUUUGAAGGGCUGCUGGCAGAGAAAUGGGCAGCCAAAGCGGACAUCGGCCAAGCUGUUCGCAAGCCUGGGCGCCUGUGGCGCCAAGGGUUCGAAGCAAAGCGGUCCCACACUGGCACUCCCGGGUUUGGGCGAUGCCCGCCCAGAGCACUGGCGAGGGUUGAUAGUGCAGCUUUACAAGGACCACAACCCAACCAAGUUAGGGGACAUUGAGGCACUCAUGGCCAAGUACAAGGGCCGGGAGAGGACGUUGUACUUGUGCAUUUGCGAGAAGUACCGGGUGUCUCCCGACCUCGACAAGGCGGCCAAAGCCGAGAAGCCUGCGGGCGAUGACAAGAAGGUCAAGAAGUACCGGGAGCUCAUCACGGAGAUCUACAAGGAGCACAACCCGUCCAAGCUUGGGGAUCUGGACAGCCUGCUCCAGAAGUACAAGGGCCGCGAGGAGCUUGUCUACAAAGGCAUCUGCGAGAAGUACCACGUGGAGCCGAAGACGUCCAAGAAGGAGGAGGCCAAGACCACCUUCGAGAAGUACAAGCAGCUCAUUGCCGAGAUCUAUGCCGAGCACAACAAGGAGAAGCUCGGGGAGCUCGACGACCUGCUUGGCAAGUACAAGGGCAAGGAGAAGACCCUCUACCUGGCCGUGUGUCACAAGUACAACAUCGAGCCGAAGCUUCCCAGCAACAAGAAGAAGGAGAAGAAGGCCGAGGAGGAGGGCAAGGAGGGCAAAGACCGCAAGGCCCCGGAGGGCGACGGGGACAGGGAGGCCAAGGAAGGCCAGGAGGAGCCGGAUGGCAAGGAUGGCAAGGAGGAGCAAAAAGCCGGAAGCACGGAGCUGGCAAAGGUGGAUGACUUGGACCUCCCUCCGGUCGCCGAGGCGGCGCUGGGUGAGAUGCUGAGGCGCCUCCUUGAGAUCGCCGUGCUGCACGGCGCGGGCUUCGAUGAGAAGGAGGCCAACCGCGUGUGCACGUGGCUGGAAGCCUGCCCGCGGCAGCCCCCCUGCACCUUGAGCUACCGCUUCGAGUUGCAGGGCCUGAGCUCCGGGCAGACGGAGAAGUUCACGGAGAAGCUCUACGGCUCGGAGGACAGCCGCUGGAAGAGGCUCCUCAGCAUGUGCCCGGGAACGGAGCUCAAGGGGCCGAAAGACUCCUCUGAUGCCCUGAUCGUCACGGGGGACGGGGGAGGGGCUCAGGGCAGGAAGCUCUUCGACAAUGCGGUGAUUCACAUCUCUGACUCUUUGGGGCGGGCUGUGCGCGAGUGCAUGGACGUCAUGGACUCAGAUGAUGAGGGCGCAAGAGAUCGCUGGUACCUUCCGUGGAGCUCCGAGGAAAAUGCCUACAUCUUGCUUGAUGGGGAGAAGCCUGUCAAAAAAGAAGUGGGCGUGGAGUACAGGAGGGGCUGCUGGACGGCACGGCGCUAUGUACCCAUGCAUUCUCAUUCCGCACAUCACAACCUGUGUGGGCCGGAUGUUCAAGGACGGCUGCCAGACUUCUGGCGAGAGCUUGCUGACAAGCUCUGGCUUGGCAUUCUGACCCUCAACUGGGGCACAGAUGUGCCGCUGGACACCGUGGUGGUGAUCCAGACGACAGGUGGCAACGAAGCUGCCCAAGGCUGCAGUGAAGCGGCGCCAAAUGCAUGUGUGAUCGUCACAGCACCGACCGCCCAGGAACUGGAGACGGCCAACAGGAAGCUGGGGCCCCUCCUGUCCAAGGUCCUCACAGGCAUUCGGGCCAAUGCUGCGUUUGCCAUGCACGUCCUGUCGAUGCCCCAGUUCCGCUCCACGGGCCGGGCUACCUGGUACCCUGGCAUGGUCCUCGCGGCUCGCCAGGGCUUCGAGAAUCGGGAGCCUGCAUCCUCAGACUCGGAGGGCGAUGUGCCUGAGGAGGAGCUGGACCUCGAUGCCGAUGUGCAGUCCGAUGCUGAGCCGCCGGACUACUCGCAACCACAGCGCCUGUCUCGGAAGAAGCUGCGAGAGGCGUAUCUGUCGGGUGUGCUGAACCUCGACACUGCAGAUCCCGGGAUGAAGAAGGUCUGCCGCCGCUUCAGCGAUUGGAGCAAGUCGAAGCCGUUUCAAGAGCAGCGGACUGUGCUGGCCCUCUUGGAGCAGCUCAUGAUCAAGCUGGAAGGCUUCGCGGAUAUCGACCUGGCAAAGCACAACAAGGAGGUGCAAGACUUGGUGAAGCAGCUCAAGGACCACGACACCCUCUUCCCGGUCGAGAUCCAGGACGUCGCGCUCUCCAUCCUCGACAUGAAGCCGCCCACAAAACAGCCGGUGGAGCUCCCAAUCCCCCCUCCGCCCUCUACGCCGGCCCCGAAGCCCUACGUGGCUCCGAAGCUACCCAAGGAUGCCCCGCCGCCCCUGCCGGAGAACAAGUACCCCUGGCAGGAGAAGAUCUUCUUGGACUCGCUUCUCUCCAAGGGCCUCUAUGGCUCCAACGUCCUUAGUCGCGUCAUCGGAAGGGGAGGCAUGCACCACCGCAGGAUGGAGAGUGAGAGCGGGGCACGCGUCUUCUUUCGUGGCUUGGGUGUCAGCGGCAGGGACAUGGACUUGACCGACCCUACCGACUGCAGGUUGCACAUCUCGGUCAAGGGUGAAGUGCCCCAGCAGGGCAAGUCGGUAAGGCGGAUCAUCAAGGAGAUCGUCGCCGAGCUGGAUGCGGAGCUCGCGGAAAGAGGGGAGAUUGGGCCGGCCUUGGACAAUCCCCGCAUCCCGGAUGCGCAUCCCUUCGGCUUCAUGCUGGGCCGGGGCAUGGGGCCGGAGAACGGAGAGCCUCUGAAGUUCCGCUUCCCGGAGGAGGAUGGCCAAACCUUGAACGACAUGCUGCUCUGGCUCAAGCAAGCCAAGCUGCCCCUGGAGCUGGACUCAGACACGCAGUGGCGAACGACUUUGCAGGUGACGCCUGCCGAGCCGCCUCUGCCUGACGAUGCUCCAGAGCAGGCGGAGCUUGUCGCUGCUGAGUUCACACGGAUGAUGGUGGACUGGAGCUAUCCGAGCCCGUACUGGUUCGAGGAGCAUGACCUCCGCCCAACCGGCUUAUGGUCGUCCCUGACUGCCGGAGAGGGCGACGGAAGCUCCAUCGCCCUCCAAUCGGGGCAGGGUGUGCGCCUGAGUGCUGCGGCGGUGGAGCACUUCGCCACGGUCAUGGAGAGGACGGGGCUGUCCUCCAUGCCGAAGAUCAUCAUCCUCGAGGUGCUCUCAAGGCUCCGGGGCGUGGUCAGGAGGCAGGUGGAGGAUGAGCAGCUCCUCUUCUACCUGCUCUACCCCUGGGCCUGGUUUUCGGAGUCCAUGGGCCGUGGCCUGAAGCUGCCCUACGGGAAGGAGAAGGUGCACACGAUGCUGGCGGAGCUGGGGCGCAUGGGCGGCAAGCCCACGGAGUCCCAGAAGUCCCCACCCUUCCGCGGCUUCUUCGUGGAGUGGCUGCCCCUCAAGGCAGGGACCUCGCGGCCCGAAGGGCCCUAUGUUCCGAUGGUGCCAACCCCUACCAUCCCGGCCGUUGCCCCACCGCACCCGACGCCGAUCACCCCCGAGCCCCCGAAAGUCGUGGCGCCGGCUGCGCCCAGCGCGCCCCGAGGCUUCUGCAAGUACUGGCUUCCGGAAACAGCUUUCAAGUCCAGACAAGACCUGCGGGAGCUUAUUACUGGGCCUGGCGGGAGCCACUUCGCGCACAUCCUCAGAAAAUACCCAACCGUGGACUUGCGAAUCGAAGGUCAGAAUUCGCUCAGCGUGCCGCCUGCUCACCGGCUACAUGUCUCCUUGAGCAGCGAGGACUCGGACGUGUUCGAAAGUGCUUCAGCAGACGUCAUGGACUUGGUGGAGACGGUUUGCGACAUGAUCGGCGAGGAACUUCAGAUGUCCGAGGCGCAGGUGGAUGUGCUGAUCUCCCAGGUCCGUGCGGAGAAGUACUUCGAGGCCCACGGCAUUCGCACCCCUCUCCCCGCAGCACGUGCCGCUCCAGCGCCGGCAGAAGCAGAGUUCGAGUUCGUGGACGAUGAUAUGGAGGUCGAAGACCAGGACGACGACGAUGACGCAGACACCGAGGACGAAGAUGCCCGGACGGAAGCAUCGGAAGGCAUGUCAGAUGUUACGGAAGCCGAUGGCGAAGUUCCGAAGACCGUGUUCGAUGAUAUCUGA